UUUGUCUCCUCCCAUAACUAUAAUCUUCUUCAGAACCUGGAAAGACAUUAGCAGACAUGUCAAGAACAAGAACACGAGCCGUGACACAUCGGGAUCUUUCCCCGAACCCUAAAACCACCGAUCUUCGCAGCAAAACCGGUGUUUUCGUAGUCGUUUUAACCGUUGUCUUCGGCUUUUGUUGUUUCGUCCUCUGCCUCGUGGCCGAAGCUACUCGGUCUCAGGCGACAUGGGAGAGCAAGACGUGCGUGUACAGUGGGGACGGGAAAACGCCGUUAUUGUGCGGCGCGUCUGCGUUUGUCGGACUAGCGUUUGCGGUUGUGAUGUUUCACCUGUACUUGGUAAUCGCGGUCACCAAAUCGCCACCGCAGGUUCUGUUUGCAUGGGACCCCGAUUCGAUUCCCGCGAAGAAACUCAAUUUUCAAGCGGGCUUCUUCUUUGUCUCGACUUGGUUAUGUUUCGGAGUUGGGGAGAUAAUAUUGUUGGUAGGAUUAAGUGUUGAAUCAGGACAUCUAAGGAACUGGUCUAAACCGAAAUCGGACUGUCUAGUGAUCAAACAAGGUUUGUUCUCGGCGGCCGGAGUGUUUUCCCUCUUAACCGUCUUUCUAUCCACCGGAUUAUACAUAACGGCUCUUCGAGCCCAUAAAAUCUCCCAUGACCUCGAGAGGAUUCAGCGAGAAAUCAUCGAUGCAUCCGUUCUUUACGCUUCCCCUCCUCGUUCUCCUUCACUUCGACUGGUUACCGUUCCUCGGGAAGGUCCUGCGAUAGUCAGAGACACUCUAGAUCUUGAAAUUUCAUCAUCUUUGAGUUAUCUUGUUUCUUUGAAACAAUUAUCCUAUAUGGUAUAAUAUAUAGUUUACAUAUAUAUAACCGAGAAAAGUGUAAUGUUCAAAACCCCUAGAUUUGUAUUUCACAAUUCGGAUAUAUAUAUAUAUAUGUGUAUGUAUAUAUUAGAGAAAACUUUGAGUGGCAUUAAUUUGUACGUCACUGAUUUCGCAUUCCUUAUCUGUAUUUUGUGUAAAUGGGGGAGGUUGUUUUAUGACGGGAUAGAUGAACAAUCUGUAAUUUGUAAGUACAU